UUUCUAUAAAAGAUUCCAACAUUUACUCUAAAAGAAAAAAAAACCUUAAGAACUCAAAAACUGAGUCUCACUAAACUCCAUAAACCCCCAAAAAAUGGCGGUUGUCGGUCCUGGUGGCGGUAGCCGCGGCGGCGGUGGCAUAACAAGUUUAGCUGACAUGAAAAACCUAACGGUCCAAACAAUCACCGGUAGAUGGUUCAUGGUUUUUGCGUCAUUUCUAAUUAUGUCAGCCGCAGGUGCGACUUACAUGUUCGGUCUUUACUCUCAAGACAUCAAAUCAUCCCUCGGGUAUGACCAAACUACCCUCAAUCUCCUAAGUUUCUUCAAGGACUUGGGAGCCAACGUCGGAGUUCUCUCCGGCUUGAUCAACGAAGUAACUCCGCCGUGGGUGGUUCUCUCCAUGGGAGCAGUGCUCAAUUUCUUUGGUUAUUUCAUGAUAUGGCUAGCCGUGACCGGAAAAAUAACCGGUGUUCAAGUUUGGCAUAUGUGUUUAUAUAUAUGUAUAGGCGCAAAUUCGCAGGCAUUUGCUAAUACUGGUUCGUUAGUUACGUGCGUAAAGAAUUUUCCGGAGUCUCGUGGCGCUGUUCUUGGAGUUUUGAAAGGGUACGUUGGUCUUAGUGGCGCUAUUAUAACUCAGUUUUAUCAUGCUUUUUACGAUGAUGAUAGUAAGUCUUUGAUUCUGCUUAUUGCUUAUCUUCCUGCUGUGAUUUCCUUCGCUUUUUUGCGUACAAUUCGUCGCAUGAAGGUGGUUCGCCACGCGAACGAGCUCAAAGUUUUCUAUAAUUUUCUGUAUAUCUCUCUCGGGCUAGCUGCAUUUCUAAUGAUUAUGAUCGUCGUGGAGAAACAAGUCGACUUUAAUCAAACGGAGUAUGGUUUUAGCGCAGCCAUGGUUAUUUUCUUGCUGUUUCUUCCUCUCGCGAUUGUUUUUAUCGAAGAGUACAAAAUCUGGACCAGCAAGAAACUAGUUUUAACCGAGUUCCCUUCUUCUUUAAACAUUGAGAAACCGAGCCAAAUGAUCCAGAAACAAAAGCAAGAAACCGUUACGACAGAAACACCUCCGAAAACGAAGAAAACGGGCUGGCGAUCGAUAUGUUUUGAUCGACCCGAAAGAGGAGAUGACUACACAAUACUUGAGGCACUUUUUAGUAUUGACAUGUUGGUUUUGUUCUUAGCUACAAUUUGUGGGGUUGGAGGGACCUUAACAGCAAUAGACAACUUGGGUCAGAUUGGGACAUCUUUAGGGUACCCUAAAAGAAGUAUAAGCACUUUUAUUUCAUUAGUAAGUAUAUGGAAUUAUCUUGGUAGAGUAGUAGCAGGUUUUGGUUCAGAACAUUUCUUGACCAAAUAUAAAUUCCCUCGCCCUUUAGUUCUAACCCUAAUUCUACUAAUUUCAUGUGUCGGUCAUCUUUUAAUUGCCUUUAAUGUCCCUGGUGGACUCUACGUGGCAUCCAUAGUUAUAGGCUUUUGCUUCGGGGCACAAUGGCCAUUACUCUUUGCUAUGAUUUCUGAAAUAUUUGGCCUCAAAUAUUAUUCCACUUUGUAUAAUUUUGGGUCAGUGGCUAGCCCAAUUGGGUCAUAUUUACUUAAUGUGAGAGUGGCUGGUCAUUUAUAUGAUAAGGAAGCAACUAAACAAUUGGCCGCUAAAGGACUUAUUAGACAACAUGGUGAAGACUUGGAUUGUAUUGGAAGUGAAUGUUUUAAACUUUCUUUUAUAAUUAUUACUGCGGUAACUUUUUUGGGUACUCUUGUUUCUCUAGUUUUGGUGAUUAGGACUAGAAAAUUUUACAAGAGUGAUAUUUAUAAGAAGUUCCGGGAGGCCGCCGCAGCACAAGGCGACGAUACGGAAAUGACGGCCGUCGCCGGAAAUGGCGUUAGGCCGGCCGAAACCCGGGAGUAGGAUUGUUGGCUGUAAUAAUGUAGAUUUUUUUAUAUAGGUAUUGAAAUUAAAGAAAAAAGAAACGGAUAGAUUUAUCAUGUGCUAGUUUGUUAUACCAAGACAGUUUCAUUUGAAUAUUGAUGUAAGAUUGUUGACUGGGGGAUAAAUUUUCUGUAAUUUUUAUGAAUUUAGUUAUAGUUUUUUUUUCUUUUCAA